ACACAAGGUGGCGCUCCUUCCCUUGGAAUGGCUCUUGUGAAAUCUCUAUGGUUUCAUGCAGUUUGAGCGCUGGCUUCGUGGAAGGAGCAGCUUUUGUGUUUGUGCUCUACCCAGACCUCCAGUUUUUUUUUUUUUUCCCUUUUUCAGAAGAAGAAGAAAAAAAGAAAAAGAAAAAAAAUCUAAAACCAACAAGUUUUAAUAAGCCAAGACAACUGCUUUGUGGUGCGAGCAGUGAAGUGCUGAGGAAGGCAAGGGGAUUGCUGGCAAUAUCCUGCAGCAGAUGCUGGACCACAGCGAAUCGCACAGCACUAGGCUUGCAGGACUGCUCACACACAGACAUGCAGCGCAAAGGAACUUUGCAGUCGCUGACUUAUUUCUGAGGAUCCGUAAGGAAACAUGGUGAGCAAAGAAGGGGACAAAUGUGUGCUGACAUCCUCGGAAAGCGAAGUUGAACAAGCGGUUUCACUUGCCUUAGAGAUGAAAUAUGCACUGGACCCCAACAGGCAGAUUAAAAAAAGGAAUAAAGCCCUCCAAGUGAGGUUUAAAGAUAUUUGUGAAGCUCAGAAUGAACAGAGGGAUAAACAGCUUUCUACGGUGCCGCAAACCGACAAGAAAGACAGCAAAUCUCUUUCGUACAAAGCUUAUCGUAAGUACAUGACCGUGCCCGCUCGGAGGUCCAUACCCAAUGUAACCAAGAGCACAGGGGUCCAAACCUCGCCGGAUCUAAAAAAACGCUACCAGACGUUUCCUCUGGAUCGGAAAAAAGGAAAUAUUUUAAAAAAUGCUACUGGAGUGGAUCCGUUAAAAAACCAGAACAAUGGAUUUAUAAUUGACGCUAAGGAUAAAAACUCAGGGGACACCAUUCAGUGCAGCAGGGUCAACGAACAAGUGGUGGCAGACUUAAUGAUACACUCGAGUGAAGACAUGGAUGCCAUUCAUCCGCUUUCUACUAGUAACUGUUCAGAUGCAUGUAAAAGCACCGAUUCGCACAGCUGUAUCAAUGAGUCCCCCACUCGCCAAAAUCCAGCCAACGUUUCUUUGGAACAGGUCAUCUGCCACGUGCAUGACGCAUCCAAAUAUGAUAGAGGGCCGCUGGGGAACAUACAUUCUAACCAAUCCGGACACAUCAAAGUGCUUUUGAAAGAGGAAGCCACGAUUCAUUCGCCUACACUAAACCCAAACUUGACCGAUCCCGAGGAAUCCAAUCCCGGAAAUGAUUCUGAACAGACAAGUACAUCAGCGGAGGAAGAAACUAAAAGAACUGCCCAUCUUAACGGCUUGCAAACGCAAGACGUACAUGCGAAAGCCUGUACCGCCCAGGCGCAGUGCCAAGCGACGGAAUGUAAUAACGAACAGACCCUUCAGAUCAAUGUUUUACCUGCGGGAAAAAACGCACCUUGUCAGAUAGCAGUUGCUUUGAGUGGUGAAUGCCAACAAAUUGUGCCUCACACUGAAGUAGUAGACUUAAAAGCACAGCUCCACACCAUGGAGAAUCUGAUAAGUUCAAGCCAGGAAACCAUAAAAGUGCUUUUGGGUGUUAUUCAGGAGUUGGAGAAAGGAGAAGCGCACAGAGAGGGGCUUUCAUAUCGGACUGGCCAAGAUACAGCAAACUGCGACACAUGCAGGAAUAGCGCGUGCAUUAUAUAUAGUGUUGAACUGGAUUUCAAACAGCAAGAAGACAAACUACAACCAGUCUUGAAAAAACUAAACCCUGUUGAGGAAUCUCAGGUUGCACCUUUGCCUUAUCCUGCAGAGAGUUACACAUCGACUCCCAAGCAAAAAUCCAAAACAGAAUCAAAAAAACAUGGAAGAUGGAAACUCUGGUUUCUUUAGCCGAACCUGCUGGAAAUAGAGCCUCAGUCCUUUCUUAGGCACAUACCCAAAAUCCAACAAUUAAUUUACAAAGAGAUCUUGGUAACAAGCUUAUGUUAUCGGGAAGACGCUGCCCUGGGGCAGUAUGCAGAUCCCACUGUGUGUACCAAAAAGGCCUUUAUACUUGCCACAUAUUUGUAGGAGCAAGAUGUAAAAAUCACAACAUGCCAACUUCUUCUAAGUAGAUCAUUAUGCGGGAUGUAAACGCUGAAUAGAAACUGGGAAACUGGUUUUAUGCGGUAAGGAUGAGGGGAAAAUGAACAAAACUUUGCUCUUUUUUUUUUCUCCACAAUCCAAAGGGUUUAUAUUUAUUUUUAGUUGAUCAUAAAAUGAGCCACUUUUGUUUCACACUUAAAAACUUUAUAUUUAAGAUGCUAAUCUUAAAAAUACAUCAAAUGUUUAUUUUUUUUGCAAUUUUUUUUUCCUCUUAAAGCUGGGGAUAAGUGCAAUUUUCAGCACACUGGAAAUCUGAAGAAAGCACAAAAUUUACAAAUGGUCAGAGACAGCUGGAAACCUCAUAGAUGUGACUAAAAUGCAUAUUUUCUGUUAAGUCCUGUUUAAUUUGGUCGCUUGCAUCUCUAGAUCGAUAGCAUUAUUACAUUUAGCUUGCCUUUGAUUUGCUUAUUUAUUAGCUGUGAGUGGUAUGACAUAUCCCAAAGUCAGAACAUGCCUUUAAUCUUAUGGUUCGUUGACAGGGUCAAGGCUACAGGACACUGUUUUCUUAGGAAAAAAAAAAUGCUUUACCACCCAAAAAAAAAACAAAAAAAAAACAAUGUUCUGACUUUAGCCAGCCUGCGUUGGAAAAUUGUGGUCACCGCGUGCGUUUUUUUGUAAUCUGGAGACUCAAAUGCCAUAUCGUUGAGAAAAGCCAAGAGUUUUUUUUUUCUUAAUUUGGCAGUUUGCUUUAUUACAAGAGUUCAUAGAGAACAACAUUUUUUUUCAAUACUAUUUAAUUUAGAAAAAGUGUAAUCUAAAUUUAUUAUUUAAGAUAAAUAAAUUAUUUAAGAUAAAUAAAAAAAAAUGUACAUUGAUAUUUUCUAGUUACGUACAAAAUAUUAAUUAAGGAUACUAAUUAUAUUGUUAAGGAAGAAAUUGUUAAAUUAUUUAAUGCUUUAUACAAAGAUGAUUGUAACUGUUAACCAAUUUGUAGAGAAUAUAGAGACGGGAUGCAACAAAUUCACAAAUCAGUACAAAAAUGCAGAAAAGUGGAACAAAGUCAGAUUUUGCAUUAUAUAUAUAUACAUGGUUCCUUCUGCCAUUUCCAUAUUCUUGUUAUCAUAUGACUUUAGAUAUCUAGGUGGUUCCAAAAAAAACUAAGGGGGUGAUUGAUCAAUGUUCAAAUUCCAAAUUUUUUUUCUGCACAAAACCGCCCAAAUUUGAAAUUUUUCAGAUUUUCUUUGAGAGUUUGUAGACCCUUGAAAAUGAUGGUUGGAAUAUGAACUGAAUGCAUCAGAGUUUUUCUUUUUUUUUUUUUUUCUUUUAAGGUUUAAUUCGAUCAAGUUUUUUUGUCGUUUUCAAAUUUUUUAAUAAAUGUGAGUUCGGUAAGAUUUCAAUUUUUUUGGGAAUCGAAAAAAAAAAAAAUCACAAAUUCUAAGGUAAAUAAGCCUCCCCUAUCUGAAAUACUGGAGAUCGCAAUUAAGGGGCAGAUUUACUUAUUUUUGUACAACUGGGGGGAAAAAAAUUCUUAAAUGUUUCCAGGUUUUGUUCCCAGCAAAUUUUCAUAUUAAGGAAAUUCUAAAUUGGAUUAACACCAUGAUGGACGGGGGAAAAAAGAAAAGAUUAUUACAGUGAUUAUUAGAAUGCUGAAGAUACACUCCCUUAUUUACUUAUUUAUCCAGGCAGGUUUUAGGUGGCAAGAUUUAAAAUUUUUAUGAAUUAUGAUUCAUGGUUUUUGCUGUGAUUUUUGGAAGUAGUGGCCCAAACUUUAAUACAUUUGCCCCUUAAUUUAGAUAAUGGUGCAAAAAUACACUGAAGCUUUUCAUCUGUAAAAUUCUAAUGCAGCUCAGUAUCUUUUUUUACAGAUUUUUUUUUUUUUUUUUGGUGUUUGGAUUUGUUGCAUCUCUAGUAAACAGUAAAUUUUAUUUCUUAGAAUAGCGCAAGUAAAUAACAAGAGCAUAUAUAUACCAAUCUAUUAGAAUUAACGAGCCACAACAUUUGCAUUGAUAGAUCUGUGGCUUGUAAUUGUCUUGAAUUAAAGAAUAUUGAAGGUACAUACUAUAUCCCACAAGCCAGCCCCACCAAAAAUAUGUACUUCUAAAAAGAAAAAUGACAUUAUUCCUAAAUAUUUAAAUGGAAACAUCAAAAUAUUUAUUUUAUAUGUGAGAGGACUUGUAACAUUCACAAAUAUGUAUACAACUUUAUAAUGUGACUUUUGAAUGAAAUUACAACUGUUCACUAUUUAAAAGGUGUUUAUUUAAUGUGAGCUAUUUUUUCAUUAUGUUUCUUGCUCUCAGGCAUUUCUGUUUGAAAACGGCAAUCUGCCCAUCCCAAAAUGAGGCUAACUUGCAUACUGGGCUGUGUGUGGUAUUAAAGGAACAGUAACAUCAAAAAAUUAAAGUGUUUUAAAGUAA